AUGGCCAAGGAGGUGAAGACCCAGGAACCAAAGGUGGACGAUGGAGCUGGUGGUGGGAACAACGGGAAAAACAUCUUUAAUGGUGGUGGUGGAGACAAUGAUGGAGGGGAUGACGAUGACUACUUUGACAAUUUUGAUGGUGGAGAUGGCGAGGGAGACGAUGGCAACUUCUUCAGGACAGUCAUAGAGCAGUUGUACGACAGGAAGAGCAUCAACGCAGUGCUCCAGGAGUGGUUCAGGACUCUUGAGAGCUUGCCAGCAAUUCUUCGCGGCUCAGUAGAGAUGGGCCUGUUCAGCAGUGCUCAGCUAGUGCGCUUCUUGUCCAUGGACGUCCGGCCCAACGUUGCCCGUGCAGUGACCCGGUCACUCCCACCCCAGGUGGCACGCGACAUUGUGGGCCGCUUGAUGGCAGACCCCGCAUUCGUGCAGAAGAUGUGCAUCGAGCAGAUGCUGACGAUCGGCUGCAACGUCAGCUGGGAGUACCAGCAGAGGCGGGAACGCUUCUGGAAGGAGAUUGACUUUGUGGCCAUCAACACCCUCUCGCUCAUGGCAGCCACAGGAGGCCUCGUCUGGCUCAUGGCGCCUAACAGAGCCAGCGGCGUGCUCAAGGCGGGCUGGCAGAGGAAGUUGCACGAUCUCCCCAACCACAUCUUUGACGCCUCAUCGCCUGCCAGGCGGAUCACAGCUGGGCAGCGAGCGGGCAGCGUCGUCGCCAAGGUGUUCGAGCUGGGCGCCGUGGGCACACUUGCAGGCGCUGCCAUGUCAGGCUUUGGCCAGCUUGACGUGAUGGCGAGGAGGCACUGGGACCCGAGCUUCACCCCAUCAGUGCCCAUCCCAGAGCUGCGCACCAGCGCCACCGGCAUGGCGCUCACCAUGGGCGUCUUUGCGAAUGCGCGGUACCAGAUGCUGGGCGGCAUCGACAGAUACCUGUUCGACCACUCCAACUUCCUGCUCCCCUACCUGGGCAUGUCCACUGCCUUCCGCGCCGUCUCCACCUGGUUUGGCCAGGAGACCAGGCUUCACCUGCAGGGUCUGCCGGUGAAGCCACCCACACAUGUGUACAAACAGCGGCUCGGUCCCGGCGUGGUCAUCAGAGAGCAGCUGCCUCCUGCCAGGCCUGCCACAUCCGGCACCUCUGCGCCCAGGAAGGCAAAGAAGCGCGCAACAGCCAGCAAGGGCUUUGAGAUGUCCGCCACAAUGGCUGCCGCGCACUAG